UAAUGAAUGGAUCCAGUGUAGCAAAUACAUCACCUAAUGUAAAAUCCAAAGAGGAUCAGGGAUUAAAUGGGCACGAUGAGAAGGAAAACCCAUUUGCAGAGUACAUGUGGAUGGAGAACGAAGAAGAUUUCAACAGACAGGGGCCUCAUUACCAGAAAAGAGGGCCAGGAGCUGAGAGUUGGUUUUGAUUUAAUCUCCACUAUCCAGGUGGAGGAGGAACUUCAGGAGCAAGACUUCUUAGACCGGUGCUUCCAGGAGAUGCUGGAUGAAGAAGACCAAGACUGGUUCAUUCCCUCACGGGACCUGCCUCAGGCAAUGGGACAGUUGCAGCAACAGUUAAAUGGACUGUCCGUCAAUGAUGGUCACAAUUCUGACGAUAUUUUGAGCAAAAGUAAUCUGAACCCGGAUGCCAAGGAAUUUAUUCCAGGAGUGAAGUACUGAGCUGCAGAAAGUUUUGAGGAGAAUUUGUAUGUCCCUCCACCUGGGGACAGUGCUGCACAGAGAGGCAGAGCUGAAGAAGGGGGCGGGGCAGGGCGGGCGAGGGGUGCUCCGUGGGGAAGGGGGAGAGUGAUUUAACUUGACCCUGUGAUUGGAGUAACUAAUGUCCUCAGUCUUAUUCGACAAGCCUCUGAGUCUCUGAGUAUUUCUCUUUUGUUCUACUGAUUUUGGUUUGGAGCAGUUUCCUAUCAUUAUUAUUAGUAGCAGUAGUAUUAGCUUUUUGAGUUAAGGAAAUUGCAGUCUUUUUCUGCCUUCAUCAGGAAUGUUCUGCUGUGUGUGUGCUUAGCCAAAAUAAGCUGACCAAGAAAAUCUGAGUGUUUGAGAAUGUCCUUCUCAUCCUACUGUACACUUACCAAGGGCAAUGAGCACCUGGGGAACUAUUUAUCGAGUACGUUCAGCUGGAAGAGAAGAGGCACGAGUGGAAGAAGCAGGUGUUUGCCAACCAGAGUUCACCAGCCCAGCUCCCUUGACCCCCAGGGCUUUCCUGCAAUGAAGCAGAUUACAAUGGCCUGCCAAGCCAAUGACUCCUUGCCUGGAACCCCAUUCAAGAAAACACAGACUUAAAGUACUGAUUGAUGGUAACUCCUUUGAUGGUUACCGAAGUUUGGAAAUGGCAGGGGUGGGCUGUGACAGUGAUUGUCAUUCAGGUCACUCAGUCACUGCUGGCCUCUUAAGCCUCUGCUUCCAGACAAAAUCAAACUCAUUAUUCAUUAUUUACCAGGCAAAAGAGCUCUGUUUGUCACUUUGUCUCUCAUGGCAUCUAGUCCCCUGUCUCCUUUCCACCGCUCCCUACUCUAUUUUUAAGGAAGGAUGUUGUUACCAAAGGGGAAGGAGAGGUAUGCAUCAGCUUUAGUCUGGAACAGUCAACCCUGAACUCUGUUCAUUGUCUCAAGAGUAUUUUGACAAAUUUUUGCCAGCCCCAUGAAGACUUGGUCCUCCCAGUAUCUCCCCUUAGUAAAUUAUUCCCAACAAUUUUUCCCAAGUAAAUGUAUUUUUCAGGACACCAGCAAGAAAUUCAGAUCACAAUUUGGAUGCUUCUCCCCACCUAACAGAAUUAUGCAAAAGAACUUAAAAAAAAAAAAAAAAGGCCUGGGAGAGUGAGGUCUUCUUGACCCAUGUGACCACAUGACCCACUGGGACAGUUUCAGCAAUUAUAAAAUUUUGCUAUUCCCACAUGCCCAGUUUUACGAGUUUUCUAGGUUGGGCUCUUUGGGUAUUUCUUUUGUCUUUCCUGACUAUAAACCAUGGUUUUUUUUUGUUGUUGUUGUUGUUGUUGCUACUCAUAAGGAAUUAAACUGGGCACCAGAAACUGCCUUUUGUGUGAUAAAGAUGUAGGUGGCAGAGUCAGGUCUAAAGGAGAACGUGUGUAGUCCAGGCCGUCGUCCUCAGACUGGGACGUGCAGAGGCCUGAGGGGGACAGCGGCUUCUGUAUGACUGCUGCUGUGUGGUGGGACAGGCCUAUCAGAAAAAGACCAUGGAAUGAAGUCUAUGUAAAUUCAGUAUGUGGAUAUGGGACAGAGGUUGGAAGGAAAGGACUAGUGUCUAGAAAGCUUAGGAACGUCUCCCUUUUCUUAGGUGCUCCCUUGUUGACUUUUUGAACAGCUGAUGACUAUUGUCAGAUUUAAAAUAUGAACCCACAUCCUUUCUUCAUUUGAGUCUAUAGGAUGGCAUUGUUUGCAGAAUGGCCUUCCUUGUUAGUUCGGUCACAUGUCCUAGGAGAGAGUAGCUUAAGGAGUUUAAGGAGCCGGUUGUGUCCAUUAAUUCCCAAAGCCUCUACCUCAGGCUGGGGUCGUUGCCUCUAAUAGGGAGAGAGCCUCGGAAGUGUAGGAACAGAGAGGUCUGUCUGUCCCUGGCUCCAUUUCCUUCUUCAGUCUCCAUUAGGUUGUCCAAGCUCAGAGUCCUGAAGGCUGUGGGAAAUAUAUCGAGACACAGAAGGAGCCAUUUUCUAGACCGUGGGCGUCUUUGUGGUCAACAACAACACAGCGGCUUCUAGUGCGGCUCCCAGCCCAGUAGAGCCCUAUAGGGAUCCGGAUGGAGCCAUUUCUUCAUCCUGAAGAAGGCUUGCUCUCCUGACCAGGAUAGGCUGAGGUGUUGGGUGCUGUGCAGAGGGCUUGUCUGUCAGCUCUGGGGUUCCGUUUUGGAUGUCAGUCGUUAGCAUGGUUUCACAAAGCAGAUCUGGGCAGGAGGAAGAGAAUUUCCUGCCAGAUGAGCAGUGGAACCUGAGGCCUGGACUUCCUGGUCCCAUUCAGACACGAGAGGGUGCUGACUGCAGGAGCAGGAAGCCACUGGCAGCACGACCCCAUUCUUAGCAAGUAGCUUGUGCCACAGACCGUUUCUUUCCAUAGUCCGGCCCUUUCCUCCAUCGUCAGUAUGUUGUGAGGUGGGAGCACAGUUGCCACCCAGGUCAUAGGCUCCUUAUUAGAAAAUGCGUGUGGGUCUUGUUGGACCUUUGCUGGGGAAAGGCUGGGCACCCUUGUCCCUGAUGUUUCCUUGUAGGAAACAGUCUGGGUGCAUGCCAGCCAGCCACCUUGACCCUUAAAGGGCGAGGCAGGUGUUUUAUAAGUGAUUAUUUUGACGUUGAAUUUAAGCCACGACUUUGUUUAAACUUUUCCUAUUGGCAACUGGAAGUUUGAGAAUUUGUAUAGAAAUAGAAUGUGUAUUUUCUUUCUUUCUCUUUUUUAUUCUUCAAGAUUUCAUUCUCUUAUUUGAUAAGUAGGCAGAGCAGCAGGCAGAAGGAGAGGGAGAAGUAGGCUCCCUACUGAAUGGAGAGCCCCACGUGGGGCUCCAUCCCAGGACCCUGGGAUCACGAACUGAGCUGAAGGUGGAUGCUUAACCACUGAGCCACCCAGGUGCCCCUAGACCGUGUAUUUUCAAUGAGUGCCAGUUCUGGCCCAUCACAGUGUUGGUUUAUUAGUGACUGAUUUCUGAGUUUUGUGAUUAUUGAACUCUAAAACCCCAAGAUUAAAAUUAUUUUAUCUCUUGCUCUUCAAGAGGAAAAAAAAAAAACAAGGAAAUGAUUUUUCACUUUCUCCAGGUCUUUGAACUGCAGUGGAAAAUAUGACAGCUACAGCCCAGACCUGAGCACCUGUGACUGUGUGUCUCUGCGCAUUUCUGACUGCAGCAGUUGACUUUUGGGGUCACAUAUGGUCAAACCAAAACAUUGUAAGGAAAAGGCGGUCCUUUGCAGCACCUUUAGUUUCCAAAGUCAAAACAGCUGGAGGCUCUUUAAUUGAGGUUAUAAUGCUAACUAUAGCUGAAAAAUAUGUUUUUAGGGAAAGACUAAGCAGCAUUUCUGACAUUGUGUCUUGUCCUAGCAUCUGCUUUGUCUUGAUUUCGGAGAGGCUAGGGAGUAAGGAGGUUAUUACAAUACUCUGGCCAUUAUGUACAUCAGAGAGGAAAGUUGUGUGAAGAAGGAGCUAAAGGAAACCGCUUGACUGAAUCCUCCUGUUUGGUGCUGCUGCAGACCCCAUGUAGAAACAUCAGGUGCAAAAAAAAAAGAAACAUCAGGUGCCUGGAAGUGAACCUGCUGUGAUUGGAGGGGACUGCUGUCCUUCCAUAAGGGUCCCAGCAUCCCAGGUGAAUAAUGUUUCUUGGUUUAGAUGAUGUUUAGAUGUGAGCACGAGCAGACACCUGACAAAUUUGACCAAGAUCUGGGGAUGCCUACCUAAUGGGGAAGGCUGUAUCUCCAGCCACUCCCCCCCGGGGGAUAACACCUUAGUUUGGGAAAUAAGCAGAGGGUACAGGAGGAUUGACGCAGUUCUGGUGUGCACUGGGAGACUCUAAGCUAUUCACUAUAAAAUACUACCGUAUUUUCACCAUGUAACUCAACACUGAUAAUUCUGCCCUAUUGAUUGAGCCUUCAGAAAUGUUUAAUGCUUGAUGUGUGGUUGGGAAGCAGCGAUUUUUUUUUUUAACAACUUUAUUGAGGCAUAUUUUAAUUCACCCUUUUCAAGUAUACAAUUCAGUUAUUUUAGUAAGUUUCCCAAGUAGUAGGGCCAUAACUCAUACUCAAUCGUAGACGUUUUCAUCCUGCCCCGUGAGAUCCUUUGUGUCCAUUUACAUGAUAAUCCCAGCUCUGGGCAGCCACAUAUUUUUCUGUCUCUACAAAUUUGCCUUUUCUGGGCGUCAUAUCAAUAGAAUCCCACAAGCUGUGGUCUCUUAUAGCUGCCUUUUUUCACUUAGCACAUUUUUGAGUUUCACGCAUAAGGCAUAACAUGUGUCGAUAGUCUCUUCCUUUAGAGUGCUCAGUACUAGUCCACUGAUGGAAAUGCCACAUUUUGUCAGCAGAGAAUCUUACCUACCUGGAUUUCAGCCUCCUGUGGUCUAAAGAGAACCCUCAGAACACAGGACUCCUAGGGCAGGCCGCUGCGCAUAUGAGAUGAACUGCUUUUCAGAACCAGCCUUGUCAUAAGAGGCUCCAUGGGAGGAGCCCAAACUGCUGCAGAAAUUUUUAUAACUUUGCAACUUAUUUUUUAUAAGGGACUUUUGUGCUGUCUACAACACAUCAGGACUCUUGAACCAUCUGAUAAUUUAAUGAGUAUAUUUUGCAUGAACACAAAAGUGAAACCAUCUGUACUCUGUUGACUAUUUUAUCUUCCCUAACUGGAUGGAGGGGAAUCUCUGAACUUUAUGAAUACAGUAUUGUCUCCAUUACAGAGUUGAACAUGUAUUAAAGAUUGUGCUGCCUUUGUCGGGUAGAUUUGGAGAGCAGGACAGCCAGCAGAGGAGGUCAAGGGGAGAAAGGGAGUAGAGCCUGUGGAAACAUGAAGUCCCAGAGAGUCUGUGUGUGGUUUACGCAUCUGCAGGUGUGGAUGGCCAAGUGCCCCUCGUGCCCCGAGGCAGCUUAGCACCUCUAACAGGACUACGUCUUGACUUUCGACUUUGAUCCUCGUUUCACAAGUUUAAAGCUGUUUUUGUUCCUUUUUUCUCCUUUAAAUAAAUAUUACAUGGUAGUUAUUAAUAUGUCUUUGGGGGAGGGGUAGGGCUUUAAAAUUGAAGAUGGUUUUCAUAAAAAUAUAAAAAAUGUGGGGAAAGUUACUUUUUAAAAAUUUUGCUAUACAAAUCAAAUGGCAGCUGUGGAAAAAAUCUCAAUAAAAUGAGAAUAAAAUGCAUUUGCUUGCCGGCA